AUGGAACGGUCGGCCGAGCCUCGCAACCCAGUUGUAGACGGCCCUCCUGACUCUGCUGCUGGAAGAGUCUCGGGGGAGAGCCAGUCCAACACCAUAAAAGGGUUCGAGUACGUGAUAGUUGGUUCAGGUGCUGGAGGAGGGCCGCUAGCUGCAAAUCUAGCUCGCAAAGGCCACCGAGUUCUUCUCUUAGAGGCAGGGGAUGAUCAGGGAUCAAACUUCAACCAGCAGGUACCAUCAUUUCACUUCAAUUCGACCGAGGACGAACGGAUGCGCUGGGAUUACUAUGUGAACCACUACACAGACGAGGAGCUCGCACGGAAAGACCCGAAAAUGACUUAUGCAACGCCUGAUGGUCAGCUUUAUGUUGGAUUAUCGCCCCCAUCGGGGUCGAAGCCAAAGGGUAUUAUCUACCCACGCGCAGGGACCCUUGGUGGCUGUACGGCACACAACGCGAUGAUCACCGUAUAUCCACAUGACAGCGACUGGUCAAAUAUUGCCAGUCUCACCGGUGAUUCAUCGUGGGGACCUAACCAUAUGCGGAGGUAUUUCGAGCGCCUUGAGAAUUGUGACUACGUUGCGAAAAACUCCCCGGGCCACGGCUUCGCCGGUUGGCUUGGUACGGAUCGCGCCGACUUGAGACAAGGCCUUACCGACUUCAAGCUCCUGUCCAUCAUCAACGCUGCUGCGUCUGCAGUUGGCCAUAGUCUCUUCGGAAAGAUCUCACAGUUACUAGGCUUGUUGCUGCAAGAUCUGAACUCUACCAAGUCUCACCGUGACAAGGCUGAAGGUAUCUAUCAGCUUCCCGUAUCCAUUCACCAAGGAAAGCGCAGCGGCCCCCGAGAGUAUCUUGUAGAAACUGUCCGCCUCGGUCAUCCACUCGAAAUUCGGACGCACUGCCUUGCUACGCGGGUGAUUUUUGAUGAUAGUUCUGCGCGUGGGGGGACUUCGCCUCCUAAAGCAAUUGGUAUCGAAUUUCUGGAAGGGAAGAGCCUGUACAGAGCCGAUCCCCGAUCAAUUUCAUCUACGCCUGGCACGAAACGUCGUGCUUUGGCGUCUCGCGAGGUUAUUAUUGCGGCAGGAGCGUUUGGGACACCACAAUUGCUAAAACUGAGUGGCAUCGGACCCAAAGACGAGCUGCAAAGAUUCAACAUCCCCGUAGUAAACGACCUACGAGGCGUUGGUGGCAAUCUUCAAGACCGCUAUGAGAUCCCAAUUGUUAGCAAGUUCUCAAGUGACUUUCGCAUUCUGAAGGACUGCACCUUUGGCCAGCCAGGCGACCCAUGCCUCGAAGCUUGGAAACGAGGGAGUGGGCCGUAUCAAUCCAACGGCCUUGCUUUUGGCCUGGUGAAGAGGUCCUCUUAUGCUGAUGCAGACCCUGACCUCUUCAUCUUUGGCGGCCCUGCAGUCUUCCGCGGCUAUUACCCUGGCUAUUCUAGUCACACUAAUGAGGAUAAACGACACUUCACUUGGGCAGUGCUCAAGGCCCACACGCAUAACCAGGAUGGCACUGUCACUCUCACCUCUACCGACCCGCGAGACGUGCCAGAGAUCAAUUUCAACUACUUCACGACUAGCCACGACGAGACCGAGACUGCCGAGCGAGACCUAGAUGCCAUAACCGAAGGGUUCCACAUCACUCGCGGCAUUAUGGAUAACGCUAAAACACCCUUCAUGCGGUCCAUUGAAGAAGAGUUGCCCGGUCGUCACUUGACCUCUGAUGAGCAGGUCAAAGAAUUUAUCCGAAACGAGGCCUGGGGCCACCACGCCUCAUGCACUUGUCCAAUUGGGACUGAAGGUGAUCCGAAGGCUGUUCUGGAUUCGCGAUUCCGUGUUCGAGGUGUCCAUAAUUUGCGCGUGGUUGAUGCGUCCAUCUUUCCACGGAUUCCGGGCUUCUUCAUUGCUCUUCCAAUCUACAUGACAAGUGAGAAGGCGACGGAUGUUAUUCUUGAAGAUAAUGCACCAGUUACUUAAGGCCACAUAUGUGUAUUUUGCUCGGGGAAUUGGGGCCAUGUAUGAGAGUAACAAUAAAC